AUGGGCGUUCCUAAAUUAUUUACCUGCUUUACAAAGCCCGAAAACCCUUCGAAGCGGAAGGAUCGUACUCCUCUGCGCCAAAGAGUCUCUUACUCCACGGGCCAUAUCUUCAACGACUUGUGCUCCGCUGUUUGGUUGACCUACUUCAUCGUGUACUUCAACAAAGUCGUUGGACUUUCCACCACGGACACUGGGCUUCUCUUCCUCAUCGCUCAAGGCGCUGAUGCUAUUCUGACACCGUUUAUGGGCAUCGGUUGUGAUCGACUCGUCAUUAAACGCUUCGCGCCUUACGGUAAGAGGAAAAUUUGGCAUUUGUUUGGCACGAUUUUCGUGGCGAUUGCGUGGCCGUUCAUCUUGAGCCCUUGCUUGGCGUGCUCAGAAGAUAGCCCUAGCUGGUUCCCACUGCUUUACUAUUCAAUAACGGUGGUAAUUUUCCACGUCGGUUGGGCAGGGGUGCAAAUUGCGCAUCUUUCGCUUAUUCCAGAGAUCGCUAGACGACCCAGUGAAAUUGUUGAGUUGAACGCCAUCAGAUCUGGUUUGACUUUUGUAUGUGGCAUCUUCAUCUACUCGGUAACAUGGAUUCUGUUGGGGCAAGCGAGCGAGGAAGGCAUCAGCCAUGGCUUAUGGAAAGAAUUCACGCAACUCAGCUUAAUUGUUGUAGCGAUUGGGUUCAUGUUUUCUUUCGUGUUUCACUGGGGAACAAUUGAACCAGCUUCUUCCACAACUUGUAAAAGGGAGGAACUCACACAAGAACCGCUGGACGAACAUUCCUCUGAUCAAAGCCCCUGUGUGGAGAUUGUGGAGAGAGAUACCCCAUCACACAAACCCAAAACAUGGCGGCAGUGGUUCAAAGAUCCUCGAUUUUACGUGAUGGGCGUCGUUUACACCUGCAGUCGUAUCACAGUGAACGUUUCCCAAUCAUAUUUUCCAUUCUACUUAACGGAAACGCUUCGCUUUCAGAAAGAGGCCAUUGCGUAUUUUCCUUUGGUCAUUUUGAUCAGUGGUGCCAUGUCAAGUGUUCUCGUAAAGGGAAUCAGCAAAAGCCUGGGUACCAAGUGGACCUUCUGUUUAGCUUGCGCAGCUGUCCUUGGCGCGUGCACUUGGUUUUAUUUUCAGACUGUCUCAGGUCGGGUGGCUGUGUACGCGGCGGCCUUCAUUAUGGGAAGCGGUAAUUCUGUCAUGCUCGUGACUGUGCUGUCUAUGACCGCUGACAUGAUUGGAAUCGAUAAGGCCUCUGGAGGCUUCGUUUACUCAGUGAUGGGUUUCUUGGACAAAGGAUUCGUGGGGGUAGUGGUACUUGUCAUUCAGACAUUUUAUCCUGACAGUCCUGACGGGGUGACAUGCGAACAGUGCAGCAAUUAUGUGCGUAUUGUAUUUACCCUGGCACCUGGAAUAUCAGCUGUCAUUUCCCUGGUAAUCGUUGGACUUUGUUUUAAGUCAAAAUUUGUCCUGUCCUGUCGGCCGAGAAUUGAAAAAGCAGAUCAGAGCACGCAGACAACAACCAUGGAAUACCUUGAAGACCUUUACGAGAAGAUCUGUGAGCUCCCUAGUUCUAACGUUUGAAUCGGAAGUGGCUACAGGAGGUGCAGGUGCAAAACACCCUUAUGACGGCCUGCCAUAGGGUUACCUCAAAAAAAAUGAAACGGAGCAGUGAUGAUGGAACAUGUUAAAAAGACCUAAUGUCAAAAUUGUUGAUGAUGGUACGCUAUCAAUUGCAUAAGCUGAAAUGAAUAUGCAGAUGGAGAGCAAGAUUGAAUUUUAGCAUCACUGGGGCCAUACUACAAGAAUUUGAGGUUUCGAUUAACUUUCUUUUUAUAAAUGUUUGGUUGUGGUUAUGUAGAUAAGGAAACGCAAUUUAGCUGACUUGGGACUUAAUUUAUAUAUCUUAGAUACGCACUGAGGUAUUGUUAUUUAGUGUAAAACUGAGUUAAAGCUUUCCAAUUUGUAUAUGUUAUAUCAUUAAUAUCGUAAAACUACUAAAAGUUGAGAACAUCGUCGUUUUUUCAUCGCAUAAAUUAUAUUUUAACCCCUCAGUUGCACUACCUUGGAAGGCCAAAAUAGGGCUGAACGGUGAACCUAGGCGGCUGGAGAGGGAGUAGGACAUUGUUAUAGAAAAAAAACGAUCUGGGGUUCCAAGAAUUAAUCUCCUUUUAUUAAGCAGUGAUAGAAAAUUCUCAGCACGUGCACCUUCCACGUGCGCGAUCCCGCAUCACAUCCGUCAAACCCUUAAAAUAUUUGGUAACGUUACCAGAAACAUAAAAAGCAUGAUGUAUUCCAGAACCUUGUGACAGUUAAAAGCUUGCGUGUUUUUCCGAGAAAAGAAAAGAAAAAAGAAAGAAAAAUAGUGUCCGUGCAACCUUUUAAAGGAUCUCGGGUUCCUAUUUUCCGAAAAACCUUUCAUUUUCUUUAUCCAUUUCGUUUAGAGCAUCUCCUAUUACCCACACAAAGUGAUCCCCGUAGCAGAAUUUCUAUCCAUUCUACAGAUUCUCCUUGCGUUUAUAGAUGUAACAAAAUUAUGACGAAUUUUCGGCGGGCUAUCAUAGUGCUAAACAAAUUUUAGUUGAACCUUUCCUGUGAAUAAAAAUGUAAAUCUGGUAGUUGAAUUAAAAACGUGUUGUUACUG